GAAAGAAACCAACAAGAGAGAAAUAAGGAGCCAAAAAAUUCCAUUACUGACUGAAAAAAACAAUUAAAUCUACAUCGGGGAGAGACGAUAUCAGCCAGAAAUUAUGCAGCCACCAUGCUUGAAGGAAGCAACACAAGUAUGCCUUCAUAACUGCUGUCCAAACCCAUUAUUCCUCAGCAUAUCAGAGCCCCAUCAAACUAUUUCCAAAUCCAGCAGCACUUCCUCCACCUGUCGACGCGACUUUGUCGUCACAACCACUUCAUCUUUCUUCCAAAAUACCCAAUUCACCAACCAUGAGUCUCUCCCUUCUUUGCAAGAAUCUUACACCCAGUUCACCAAUGCUUAUCCACAGUACUCGGAGACAAAGGUUGAUCGAAUUCGAGCUCGCGAUUACUACCAUAUCUGCCUCUCCAACCGUGUAUGUCUUGAUUACAUAGGCAUCGGAUUGUUUUCACACUCUCAGUUACAAAAUCAGUACUCAUCAACAAUCCCAAUUGCAUCCUCCUCUUCUUCUCCCCCGCCUCAAUCUUCGGAUUUUCCAUUCUUCGGUGUGUCCUACAAGUCUGUGAAUCUCAAGUCGCAGCUACUUCAUGGUGGGGAAGGAUCUGAAUUGGAAUCCUCCAUGAGAAAAAAGAUUAUGGAUUUUCUCAAUAUCUCUGAAAACGAUUACUGCAUGGUUUUUACCGUAAACAGGUCAUCGGCUUUCAAGCUUCUUGCAGAAUCGUACCCAUUCCAAUCUAGUCGGAAGCUUUUGACCGUUUAUGACUACGAGAGUGAAGCGGUUGAAGCCAUGACUAUUGCUGCAGAGAAGAGAGGAGCUCGAGUCAGGUCAGCGGAAUUCACGUGGCCUAGACUGAGAAUUCACUCGAAAAAAUUGAAAACGAUGGUUGUGAGGAAGAGGAAGAAGCAGAAAAACAGGGGACUGUUUGUGUUCCCUCUUCAAUCCAGAGUUACAGGAACUAGUUACUCUUAUCAAUGGAUGAGCAUGGCACAGGAAAAUGGGUGGCAUGUCUUGCUCGAUGCUUGUGCUUUGGGACCAAAAGACAUGAAUAGCUUUGGCCUCUCUCUUAUACGCCCCGAUUUUCUUGUUUGUUCAUUCUACAAGGUCUUUGGGGAAAAUCCAACUGGGUUUGGUUGUCUCUUUGUCAAGAAAUCGACUGUUCCAGUCUUGGAAUCUUCAACAAGCACGGGGAUUGUAACUCUAGUCCCUGCAAAGAAGUUGUUUUCACUGCCUGACGAUUCUUCAGGUACUGACACAGAACUAGAGCAAGCACCAAGAUUGGGCAACAAUCAAGAACCCGGAUUACCCACAUCAAGCUGUUUGUCAGGUCCUGUGUCUGCACAGAAUGGAAGAUCUGAACAGUUAAAGACAUCUGAGACGCACAAAUCAGAAGUGACAGAAAUUUCAGACUCUCUCAGUCAAUUCGUCGAACAGGUGAAGGGCAAAAACAGCAGGAAAAAAAAGUCAGAUAUCGAAUGUAGAUGUUUGGAUCAUGUGGAUUCACUGGGACUCAUACAGAUCAGUAGGAGAGCAAGGUACUUAAUCAAUUGGCUAAUAAACGCAAUGAUGAAACUCGAACAUCCGAACAGAGAAGAAAAGACUCCACUGGUGAAAAUCUAUGGGCCAAAGAUCAAAUUUGACAGAGGACCCGCAUUGGCAUUCAAUGUGUAUGAUUGGAAAGGAGCGAAAGUUGAACCAGUUCUUGUACAGAAGCUCGCGGAUCGAAGCAAUAUUUCGCUGAGCUAUGGGUUCAUACACCACAUAUGGUUCGCAGACAAGUAUGAAGAAGAGAGGGAGAGAGUGAUAGAGAAAAGUAAAAAUGGAGAGAACAAGACGACCAAAGGCGAUCGGAUAAGAGUGGUGACAGUGGCGCUUGGAUUCUUGGCCAAUUUUGAAGACAUGUAUAGGCUUUGGGCUUUUGUUGCUCAAUUUCUGGAUGCAGAUUUCGUUGAGAAGGAGCGAUGGAGAUACACGGCGCUCAAUCAAAAGACUGUUGAACUUUAGACAUAUGAUAGAUAUUCUUUAUCAAUCUAUUUCUCCAAAUUAUCAAGGUUUUUUUUUUUUUUAAUAAAAAUUUUGUAUUGUAUGAGAUUUUUUUAAUAUGGUUAUUGCAUUUGAAAUUAACAAUUAUGUAAAAAAAUUCAUAUUGAAUGACAUGAUUUUUUAUA